CACGCAGCGACGCGGCCGACGGCUCAAUGGCAGUUCUGUUGGAGACGAGCAUGGGCGACAUUGUUAUCGACCUGUACACCAGCCAAUGCCCUUGCGCCACGAGGAACUUUCUCAAGUUGUGCAAGAUAAAGUACUACAAUAACGUUCUUUUCCACAACGUGACGAAGGACUUCGUGGCGCAGACCGGCGAUCCCACGGGCACCGGGAAAGGAGGAGACUCGAUAUAUGGGGUUUUAUACGGUUAUCAGGCAAGGUUUUUCGAUGAUGAGAUCCGAUCCUCGCUGAAGCACGAACGGAAAGGCACUGUUUCCAUGGCUUCCGCCGGACAAAAUCGAAACGCCAGCCAGUUCCUUAUAACGUUGAGAGACAACUGCGACGCGUUGGAUGGGCAACGAACCGUUUUCGGCACCGUUUCGGAGGGCUUUGAUGUACUCGAGGCCAUCAACAACGCUUACUGCGACGACAAGGGUCGGCCAUACCAGAACAUUAGAAUCAGACACACAAUUGUCCUGGACGAUCCAUUCGAUGAUCCUCCUGGAUUUGAAGCUUUCAAACUGGAAGCUUCACCGCUGCUCCCAAAGGACCCUGAUGAGGUACAUCUUGAAGACGUCCCGCCCCUUACCGGUGUCACCGGAAACUCACAAGAACAUAUGGAAACGAACGCUGGAGAGAAAGAAACGCACAGUCGCGCUGUGCUGCUUGAAAUGAUCGGAGACUUACCUGACGUAGAGGCCAAGCCCCCGGAGGAGUGCCUUUUCAUAUGCCGUCUCAACCCUGUGACCACAGAUGAAGACCUAGAAAUCAUUUUUAGUCGAUUCGGAAAGGUGCAAACAUGUGAUAUCAUUCGCGAUCACAAGACUGGGGACUCGCUCAACUUUGCGUUCAUUUCGUUUGCAACCAAGGAAGAGGCAGAGACUGCAUACUUCAAGAUGGACAAUGUGCUGAUUGACGACAGACGCGUGCGCGUGGACUUCAGUCAGUCCAUGCACAGUUUGUGGAAAAAUUACAGACGAUUUGGCCGAAGAGGGGGAACCAGGGAAGAUGGUGACCGAGCAUAUUCGUAUGGCAAUGUACAAAAUGAAAAGAAACACACAAAAAAAGGGUGUGAGGUUGAGUAACACAGAUGCGAUAUUGUCACCCAUGGGACCAGUGCAGGGGAAUUGUCUUUUUCAGAGCAUGAACUGGCUAGUACGAAGGUAGCUAAUUGUGAUGCUACUGUGUGAGAAAAGCCCGCGGGAAAAAAAGCGAUUGAGAUUGAAACUUUGGAACCUUGACAGCUUAUCAUGAAACUAUCAAUGUAUCCAAGUCGAGUUUGCACCAAGGUUGGCAGCCCUCGGGCACGAGCGGGUUGACAUCGACUUUCAUAUCCUAUGUACAUCACAUAAUCAGCAACUGAUGGCGCC